CAGUCUUUUUACCUUUGCUGUUUCCUUAACCUUUGAAAAAAAGAACCUCUCUGUCUUUUCUCCCCAACCAUGAAUACAUAUAUAUAUAUACUACAUAUAUAUAUAGAGAGAGAGGGAUUUAUAUUUGUGUAUAACAUAACUUGUUUCUAUCUUACUAAAACCAUAGAACUAGGAUUUCUUAAUCUGUUCUAAUACAAUGGAAAACACGAUUAAUCCUUCGAACAACAUUUGCUUGUGUAACUACCUACACUCCCUCUCUCAAACACCUUAUAAACUGAAGAAAAGGUUAUUAGCUACAUGGACCCCAGAUCAAGAACUGAACCAAGUGAGGCAGAGAUCAGGUGCAGACAUGAAAAGGAAGCUCUCUUUAUUCGAUUUAGUUGCUCUUGGUUUAGGAGGAAUGCUCGGGGUUGGAGUCUUUGUUACAACUGGUCCUGUUGCUCGCACUAAAUCUGGUCCUGCAGUCUUUAUCUCAUACAUUAUUGCUGGCAUAUCGGCUCUCCUUUCUUCUAUGUGUUACUCAGAAUUUUCCAUCGCAAUUCCUGUUGCUGGAGGUGCUUUCAGUUAUCUGAGAGUGACCUUUGGAGAGUUUGUGGGUUACUUAGCUGGUGCAAAUAUACUGAUGGAAUACGUGCUUUCAAAUGCCGCGGUUGCAAGAAGUUUUACUGAAUAUUUAAGUGGCACAUUCGGAGUUGAAGAUCCCAACUCAUGGAGGAUUGAAAUUCAUGGGUUUGUUAAUGGUUAUAACAUGUUGGAUUUCUCUGCUGUUGCUCUUAUUCUUCUUUUGACUCUCUGCUUGUGCCAUAGUACUAAGGAGAGCUCAGUAUUGAACCUUGGUAUGACAAUAUUCCAUGUUAUCUUCUUCGGGUUUAUAAUAGUUGCUGGUUUUCUGAUUGGGGAUCCAAAGAACUUGGUAAGUUCUCCUGGAGGAUUAACUCCGUUUGGUGCUAAAGGUGUUGUUGAUGGAGCAGCCAUAGUUUAUUUCAGCUAUAUCGGCUAUGAUUCCGUUUCAACCCUUGCUGAAGAAAUCAGAAAUCCUUCAAGGGACCUGCCUGUGGGAAUCGUGGGGUCUGUUGUUCUUGUUUCAUUCCUCUACUGUCUUAUGGGCUUGGCCUUGUGUGUUAUGGUUCCAUAUAAUGAGAUAUCGGAAAAGGCUUCAUUUGCAAUGGCUUUUCAUAAGAUGGGAUGGAAAUGGGCAAGCCAUCUUGUUGGAGUUGGUGCAAGUUUGGGAAUUACGGCAUCCCUUUUGGUGGCCAUGCUUGGUCAGGCAAGAUACCUCUGUGUGAUUGCAAGAGCUAGGCUCGCGCCUGCGUGGUUAGCUAAGGUUCAUCCUUCAACGGGCACACCUUUGAAUGCUACUCUAUUCUUGGGUCUAUGCACAGCAGCAAUAGCCCUCUUCACAGACCUCGACAUAGUACUCGAAAUAAUAUCAAUUGGUACACUCCUAGUAUUCUACCUGGUAGCAAAUGCACUCAUAUACAGACGUUAUGUUAUCAUAAGCAACAACCCACCACUCCAUAUUCUACUCUUCCUCUUCUUCCUCACAUCACUUUCGAUUGGUUUCUCUUUAUCAUGGAAGUUCGAUGAACAAUUCUGGGGUCUACCAUUGUUUGCCGGGUCCUUAAUCACCAUUACCGCGAUCUUCCACUACAUGGUUCCGUUGAGUAGGCAAGAGCUGAAGUGGUCGGUGCCUCUAAUGCCUUGGCCUGCUGUUAUAUCGAUUUUUCUCAAUGUGUUUCUUAUGACUACGUUGAAGAUGUUGUCGUUUCAAAGGUUUGGUAUUUGGACGUGUUUGAUCGUUUUGUUUUACGUCUUAUAUGGUGUUCAUUCAACUUACCGGGCUGAGGAGAUGGAGGCGGAGAUGGUGGCGCCGCAGAAUGGAGUGAUCACAAAUUUUGGGACUACUCAGGAAAGUAAAAUAGAUAUUCAAAUUCAACAACAUUGAUUAGUAGUUAGUGUUUAUAGAUCUUGCAUAAUUCUAAGCAGAAACCCACUCUAUUUUUUCAUAAGGUUAACAACCGAAAGAAGUUUGACAGUGUUGGUUGCUAAGUUGCUUCAUACGAAUUAUUAUUUUGAUCUUGA